UAUGCCUCAUAUUAAGUUACCUAACUUUCGACUUGGUAUUUCACCAUCUGUUAGAUCAUCAUAUAAAAUGGACAAUUUGACUCCAUCAUAAAAAUUAGAUUUAGUGGCAGCUCGUAUAUUUGGAAUUUCCUUUGGUGGUAAUUUAAGAAAUGGAAUGAAGGCAAUUAAGAGAUUAGAUUCAGGCUAAAAUAGAGCUAGAUAAUAUAGUGUACCAGUAUGGAAUCCAGCGUAAUGAUUUAUUAUAUGCUAAAAGACAAUGGUUUCCAUUUAUGACAUAAUGGAGAAAACUUGAAUUUAAUAGGAAAUUGGUAGAUGGUAGAAAAAUGAGAAUUAUGAUGAGAGGUGUAAAAAUUGGUAGAUAGAAGGGAGGUGAAAAGAUCUCUAUUCUUAAUAUUUAUGAACGUAAAAAGGCUAGUAUGGAGUGAA